CCGUGUCUCUCUCGGCUCGGUGGAAAAACGACGCGAAGUCUUGUCAGUGAUAAGAGUAAACUCAUGAAAGAAGCCGGACGACGGAUAGUUUUAAAGCUGGACUCGUGUGGCUUGUCAUCUUUUUCACUAUAAUUGUGUUCUUUAGAAACUUUACACUGGUGGUUUGCGCGAAGUCCAAGUCCCCGGGAUUUCCUCUCAUCUCGAAGUUCCCAAGAUGAACUUCGAUCCGGUGCACGGGAAAUUUUCUGUGUUUGUGGCAGCGCUCCUCAUCGGGAUGGUUUGUCACGCAGCAGAACUUCCGGCAUCUCAGUUGUCCAGUGACGAAAACAAAAACGUCACCUUUCGCCGACACAGAACAUGUCUGGAGAAUCAGGAGUACCUCCACCAGGGACUCUGCUGCCUCAAUUGCCAGGCUGGAACGUUUGUGCUAAAGGAAUGUGAGAGAGACAAAGAACAAGGGACCUGUCUUCACUGUGAGCAUGGACAGACCUACACAGAGCACUCCAAUGGGAUGAACCGCUGUUUGCCCUGUACACACUGCCGCUCAGAUGAGAUUGAGACUGCGUCCUGCACCACAACUACAGACACAAGGUGCCAGUGCAAACAGGGGACCUUCUGUGUCCCAGAUCAGGCCUGCGAAGUCUGCAAACGUUGCGCGAAGUGUAAGUCCGGGGAAGACGAGGUAAAGAAGUGCACCCCCAUUUCUAACACAGAGUGCAGAAAACGGGAUCCGUCCCCUACCAAAACCUCCACUGCCCUUCCUACACUGACCCCUACUUCUUCACAAGACAUUGCUAUUCCAAUAAUAAUUUUCCUGGCCAUCUUUGUCAUCAUUAUCCUUGUUGGACUGGCUGUGUGGUGGUUCAUAAUUAAGCAACAUUCAUGUGAAAUACCAUCAGGUUCAAAGAGCCAUUGUGAUUCCAGCGAAAUUGUGAAGAUUCCUAUUGAUGAGAGUGGAGCCACAGCAGAGGAGAGACAGAAUAAUCAGAACGCGGGUCUGGAAGGGGAGGAGUCCCGCCCAGAGUCACGGCCCCUGCUGCAGGAGACCCAGCCUGGCAUGACCAAGGCCUCCCCUCCCCUCGAAGAUGAGGACCGAGGGCUAGGAGACAGUUUGCCUAACACCACUAGUUCCUCUCAAACUAGCCUGUCAGCCCUGCCCACAGCAGCUUCCUCUGGUAACACCCCACACCAGAGCCCCACUGCCGUCAGACAGCCACCUGCAUACAUGGAUGAUCCUCUACGACAUCGAUUGGUGCCACUGCUUGGGUCAGAAAAAUCCCUAAAGAAGAGCUUUGAUUUGUUCGACGAGUACCUGGAUGUGCGGAUUCAUAACAAGUUCUUCAGAAUGAUUGGAGUCAGUGACAACCACAUUCGAAUUGCAGAGAAUGGCGCCGCUGGUGACAAAGUGUAUGAACUGCUGAAGAACUGGAUGCAGAGGCAGGGACUAAAAGCCGACAUCAACGACCUGUUCAAGGCUUUGCUAAGUUUGGACCAGCGACGCUCAGCUGAGGACAUCGCCUUUGCAGCCCUGCAGAAAGGCUUCUACAAGCAUGCAGACACACCCUGAAAGCUGAAGUAACAGGGACUGCAACUGAAGUAAACACAAAGUACUUAAUACAAGAAAAACUAAAAGCACAAAGACACUAUUGGUGGACAUUGUGUCUCACGAACAGGCUUACCUCUUUGUGGCCGACGAGCCAUGUAUUUAAAAGCCAGUAGUUUUAAAAAGAAAAACACAAAAAGGGCAAGGUGGAGCCUUGGAGGAUGUUGACUACUUGCCAAAUGCGGAGGUGUAAUUUUGAAAAUGAAGAAUAUGUUUUGUUGUCAAAUUUAACAACAAUACCACCAAGAACAACCAUGAAAAUGUUUUUCUAAUGAAGCAACAUGAAUCCAAAUAUUGAAAGCUUAUAAAUCUCUCUGGGCAUGUGUCUACCCAGAUCAAUACACUACCUGGAGACGAGGAUAUACACUGGUUUGUAGGAGUGGCAUUAGCUAUGUCACUAAUACUGUGCCUCUUUGUUGCACUGGCCUCUGGCACAUGUAGGAUUUAAAACUACAAUCAUGCUAUAUUUGUUGUUUGGUAGAUUUAGGCCUCUCUGAAACCAUAUAUAACAGUUCAUGAACAUUUUUCUGACUAAUGAUGUCCAUUUGUUAUGACAACGGCCGUACUAAUCAUACACUUUACCUCCAUUUCUAAAUUUAUUUAGGUAUAAUAUCCUAGUAUGAUUUCAUUAUGUUCAUUGAGCCUAGUGAUUCAAAAAGAGUCAUGAAUUUGUCAAGUCACAUUGGAGAAAUGUUUUCAGUUUUUGGCGUCCAGUCGUUUUGAUGUUUUUUAUGUUCAGUGUUACAGACACAAAACAUCGUAGAAGGAAUUUCACACGCUGUUUCUGUUGGAGCAACUGUUAAUAGUUUAGUCAAAUGUUUCCAUGUAACGCUGAGAACUUCAAGGUCAUUUUAUUUAUUGACAUAUUUAUUGUAAUGAAUAAUAAUUCACUUUCAUCAUUAUUUAUACCAUUACCAAAAACGACCGUGGAAACAGGCACACACUGUAUUUGUGAUGUGAAAACGUUUAGCUACGGAGCAAAAUGACUGACAAAAUUUUUCAAGGUGUGGUUGACCCUAGCAGUGUUUAGGUAAACUCUGAUUUUGCUUGCUGCACUGUUUUUUGUGUAGCACUCUGGUCCACACUGUCAAUGUGUCAAUGUUACGCAUGUCAUUUCUGCACAAGUGAGUUUCCACUGAUGCCACAUUCAGCAGUGUUGAAGCUUUCAUGAUGCUAAAUGCAGAAUUUGUCAUUUCAAAUUGGAGUUGAGGUGAUCCAUCUAAAAAAAAAGGAGGACUGACCUGUUGAGUCCAAACCGUUAAUAGCAAACCGACUGACCAAAUAGUUCGUCUGUGUGACGUGGGAUGCAGGUACUGAUUGUUUUGCCUUGGUUAGACUCAGACAGGAUGAAGGAUUUAAAAAGAAGAGCAAAUUCAUUUCCCUAAUUCUGUCACAUGUACAUACAAAUGUCCAUAGAGCAUACAAGCCUCACAAAGUGUAUAUGUAUAUAUCCAGCUCUAUAAACAAACCAAAAUGAAUUUAGUGAGGUGUAGAGCUAUUAAGAACAACAGAAACACCAGUCAGAGUGGUUGGCUGUUGAGGUUGUGACAUUUUUGCCCAUUUUCCUGCAGUCUCUUAUGUAUAAAGGAAAGAGUUACAGAAUUAUAUAUUAUUGCUGAAGAGUGAUGCUACAGUGCUGGCACUGCCAUCUAUUGACAGACAAUGAAAACAGCCUGCAUCAAUUUCUAGGGACACUAUACACCUCUCUCUCACUUAACAUUUGCCCUUUUAUCUUUUUUUAUGAAUCAAUUUCUCAACUCUAAGCCUUUUUUCUUUUAAAAUUCCUCUUGACCUUUCCUUAAGUAGCACAACGGUGAAUAGGCUUCUGUGCAUGUUUUCUUGUACUCUGUGGCAGUUCAUGUGAGUGAAUGUCUUUCUUUUUAAAAUCAAUUCUGUGUUUUUACUUUUACACAUUUGAUAACAAGUCCUAAGCCGUUCAAUUAACUUCCUUUCACUAGUGUAAAAAAAGAAAUCUUUUCAGCGUUGCCGUUAAGCCAUUUCCCCCUUAGUUAUUGUUUGCUUGUCAUGGAUUUCAGAUAUAAAUUAUGCAAAUCAAAGCUGUUUUUAUGUCAAUUUCAAAUAAAUGUUUUGUACAGACUUGGAA